AUGGCCUACCCACCUAUCGCCAAUGUUCGAAGCAAGUCCACUUCCGAAGCCUAUAAUCCACCGACGUACCCCGCUUCAAGAGGCAAGCCUACACGCGCCAAACCCGCAGGGGGCUCGCAUUCAUUCAGGCCAAAUUUACCCAAGGACCCAUUCGCAGCACGUCCCUGGAUCGUGGACUUUGACGCUCUCCCUCUCAAUUCAGCACGCCAACAUCAAACUAUCCUCGUCAUUGGUACCCCUCCUCAAGCCGACUUGCACGCCCUCGUUUAUUCCUCGCUCUUAAAGGACUCGUUUCUCCUGAUUGCAACGCACGACGUCAAGCCUCUCGAUUCCCUUCUGCUGCUCAGCCCUUCGGAAUCGACGAAACCCGCGUACGGACCUACAACACGCAUUCUUCGGCUCGCCGUUCCCCUUUUCACCACCUCGCAAACGAGUUCGGUUACCUCUCUGCCAGCGACCGGGGGUGCGGGUGCGGGAGGCUCAGAUGCACUCCGGCUGAUGUCUCUUCUGGCAAGGGCGUCUCAAGUCGUUAAUGCACUCGAGGCCUCCAAUCCAAGCAUCACUUCCACUCCCCCGGGCGGUGUUGUGCCCGCCUCAACGCGCAUUCAGCAACUCAGCGAGGACCCCGUAACGGGCGAGUUCGCCGUCGUGGAAGUGCUCGGAUCGACCUCGGGAGCGGCCCUGCGUACAUUCCCGAAUGGCCAUGGCGAAAUACCGACACCACCACCACCCCCGAAUUCGAAGAAGAGCAAACGCCAGACGCUGCAUGGUUUGUUUGGGUUUGGCUCGAAUUCGUCCUCUCCAUCGGCCGAUUCGGGCUCGACCUCGCCUGCGUCGCCGACGCCUCACCUAUCCAACUCGGCGAUCCAGCGAGCCGGGGUGAAUGGUUUUGCGAAUUUCGCUUCCACUGCGUACCCCAGGCCAGGGGAAGGGGGAGGGGGGACGAGAGCGUUCGACGCGCUCAUUAAUUACCUCCCCUCGCCUUCGACUAUACCUGAGAAGGUUCUGUUGAAACAGGCGAUCCUCGUUACGACACUGAGCGCGCCUUACCUCUCCACCAAAGACGACUCCUCUCCCCCUCCUUUGUCGUUGGCUUCCUCGCCUGGUCUCGUCACACCGUCCAAAUCCAAGGAGAGAAGACAUACGAGUAUGCUCGGUAUCCCGCUCCGGCGGUUGACUUCGCGGACGUCGAGUUCGGGGCACGAAGGGGAUCCUCCUGAGAGUAGUAAGCGGAACACGCUUAGUCGGAGGAUCAGCACGAAGGAUUUGGGUAGGAAGUUUAGUGGGAAGGUUGGUGGGAAUGGUGUGUCGUCCCUUCCUCCGUUGACUUCUCGUGGGGGAGAAGAUGAUCAUGACUGGGAAAAGGUGGAUGGACUGCGACGCUACAGAGGCUCAGCGCAUUUGAUCCACGUUUUACCCGAUUCGUCGGUGCUUUGGGGUUCCCAGCCUGGUUCGGCAUCUGGUUCAGGUUCCAAUUUGGCUGCAACCUCGAGUAAUACCAAUACCCAUACGCCGACUUCCAAACCGAAAUUGGUGACGAGUAUAGAACAGUUUGUGUUGGCGUUUGCGUUCCCGCUGGGUGUGUCGCUGCGGGGGUCGUCCUCUUCCCAUGCGGUGGUGGUGAAGGGGGAUGGCUCGAGGGAUGGAAGGGGUAAUACGGUCAUACCCUCCAAAUCCACCCCGGCUCUACACAAAACGGCGGUGGAUGCACCUUUGGAUGCUACGCAGAGAGGACGGGGAGGGGCUUUGAUGCCUAGCAUCCUUGUUCGCGAGACGAGUGCGGGUCCUUAUGCUGGUAGUUCCAGAGGUGGUGGUGGAGGAGGAGGAGGUGCAGCGGGGAGCACGGGAGGCGAGAAGCCGAUUCCGUAUAUCGUCAGAGCGGGUGUCAUGGGCGGGCAGCUUUCGAUCUCGUACUCUUUCUCCAACCCCGAUUACCCUACCACCGACAACGAUCCACCUGCGGACUUGCAGCACCCGGAUACUCAGAACGGUCAGGUGGUGCUCACAUUGAGCAUCCUCGAUUUAUUGGUGUUUGGCGCGUUUGAUGGGUCGGUGGGGGAGCAUGGGGGUGGGAAGGCGUGGUUGGGCGGGGUGGGGGUGAGGGAGGUUGUGGAGGGGUUGGGGAGGGGUGCGAGUAUGGGUGGUUUGGGAAACUGCCAUCCUGUGGAUGUCCGACCCCCGAGCACGAGUGUGGUUAUUGAUACUGUUUGGAUCGGUGCUGUCGAUCCGAAGCGGGGGAGUGAGAGGAGCAGGGAGAGGGAUAGGGAUAGGGAGAAGGAUAGGGAUAGGUAUAGUCCUCCGCCUGUCGUUCCACCUAAAGAUGAUUUAAGUGGAUUGGAUAAUUGGGCGAGGGUGGGUCAGGGACAGGGACAGGGUUAUGGUCGGACGCUUCAUUCCCCGGGUAGUAUGCCGACGAGCGAAUAUCCUCAUGGAGCUUCGAGAGCUUCCCAGCACCAUCGACUUCCUCCUUCUCGAACUUCUGAUGAGCAGUAUUAUGAACCCGCCCCGAGGGCGAGCUCUGACCAGUACCACCACCAAUCCCAGCACCCGCACCACCACCACCACCACCACCAGUCCCAGCACCACCACCAACCCCAGCACCAGCACCGAUCCCAGCACCAGCACGAGCCAACGUCCAAGACUACUUCAAACAAAGUAUCGAGGAAACCGGCACCUACGAUCCCAGCGUCCGACUCGCUCAUGGCCGCUUGGGAAGCUGUUACUGCUGCUAAUAAUCACCAGGUGAAGGGUGAGGGGGUGCAGGUGGAUGGUGAGGUGGUGGACGAUGGGCGAUUGGGUGAGCAGAAGAUUUGGGAUGGUCAGAAUGAGCAGAAGGUUGGAGAGGGUCAGGGCGAGCAGAAAGUUAGAGAGGGAAAGGAAAAGACGAAGGAUAAAGAUGGCAGGGAGCGGAGGGAGAGAGACAAAGAAAAGGAGAGGGAGAGGGAAGCGAGGCGGGAGAGACGGGAGUCUCGGAGGACGCGAGAUGGGGAGAAGACGCGCGCGAGUGGGGGUCGUGAACGUUCGGCUAGUCGGAGUCGGCGCAGGUCUGAGGAUGAGGCUCGGGAUAGGGAGAGGGAGAGGAGGUAUGUGGAGGAAGAAGUUCGGGAGCGCGAGAGGGAAAGGAGGCAUCGUCGGGCGUCUGAGUCGAGAAAUAGGGAUCGGUCAAGGGAGAGGGCUGAGAGGCCCAGAGAAGAUCUCCAUCGUGAGCAAGUACGUGAAAGUGGGAGGGAACGUCGCAGGGAGCGUGAGACGACAGGGUUGUUGACGCCCCCUGUUAGCGGGAGCGAGGUGGAAGUUGACGUUGACGUUGAGCUAGAGGAUGGGUUGGAUAGUCCUGGUGUUGAAGGGAAGGGGAUGGGGCUGGCUCUCAUCGGCGAGUCGGGCAAGUCUAGGCGACGCGACCGCGACCGCGAUCAUCGUGACUACAACCGUUUCGACCAAGACUCCACCCCACGUGAACUUCGGACGGAACGUCAUGAACAUAGUCGGUCGAGGUCCGGGAGGGAGAAGAGGAUUAGUAGUUCUCGACCGCCUAGUCUUGUUAGGCGGGACACGGGGGCGAGUGGGGAUCAGGUACAGGAUGGGCGGGUCCCACCUAGUGCGAGUUCGGAGUCUGCGGCGAAGGUUGGGAAUGAGAGUUUUGAUAUUGCGGCGUACUAUGAGUAUGAUCGGACGAAAUGUGAGAAGCAGAGGAGGGAGCGGAAGGAGAGUGAGAGGGAUCGGCGUGGUAGUCGAGAGAGGGAGAAAGACAGGGAGAAGGAUAAAGAGAAGGAAAGAGAGAAGAGGAGGAAGGAACGUGAGAAGGAGAGGGAGAAGGAUAAGAAUAAGGAGAGGGAUGGAGAGCGGGAGAGGAGGAAAGAACGCAGUGGAGAUCGCGAGCGUGAACGCAGAGACAAACCCGAUAUUGACUAUAACCGUGGAGGAAUGGGUCCUCCGCCCUCCUCGCGACAUACCCGCGAUUCACGCGAAGCCGAGGGAGGGCGAAGAUCGAGCAGCCGCCAUCGACGAGAGAGCCGGGAGGACCAAGGAGACGACCGUGAGCAGCGCAGGAGGCGACACAAAAGCAGCGCUGGUACACGUCGACAGACUCAGAGUGAAGAGGGGAGGGAUAUCUAUUAUGUGACAUAUAAUGGGGAGAUGAAGGAGAGUAGGUCGGCGGUUCGGUAUGACGAUGUGCCGGGGUUGGCUGAUGUCCUCAGAGAGGAUGGGAGAUGCUCGAUGGCUGGGAUCCCGCCUAACUUCGAUCCUGAAGCUGCUGCUGCUGCUGCUAGUGCUCCCACGAAGCAUCGGACUCGACGAUCAACGGAGGAUGGAGAGUCGAGGCGCAGACAUAAAUCCGAGUCUAGCAAAGCACGUCGGUCUGAAGCGAUCGAGCUUGUUGAAGGAUCUUCGUCCUCCAACCAGCGCCAUCGCGAAGAUCGGGAGAGGGAUCGGGAACAGGACCUCUCGCUGCUGUUGAGACCGGACCAGUCGCGACAGGUGGGGAAGAGGAGCAGUGCGUCGAGGUUGGGGGAGGUGGUGGGCAAGGUGAUGUCCAUGGCUGGGUCGCCUGAGAGGGUGCAGCGGACGAGGAUGCAGCCUGUCAUUGGUUGA